CUCAGUUUUGUUCGUUAUUUCAUUCUCUCUAUUCUACUUUAACCCUCAUUUUCUUAUUAAAUACGUUUCGAGCAACACAAAAUAUAUCGGCAAAAAUACAAAAUAAAUUGCAGUUUUUUCGUUUAUAAAUUUUGCCCAGUUUAACACUCAACAAAUUUCUAAUAUUAAAUAUUUUGAAAUUUUAAUAAAUUUGUGUGCUUUUUAAAAGAAAUUUAACAAACUAAAUUGCAAGUGCCACAAAAGAAAACAAAAAUUUUCCAACAACAAAUAUUGUGCUCAUAACAACAACAACCACUAAAAACGACCAUAAUAUACAAUUUGCAUAAAAGACAGACAAUUUAAAGAGUGUUUAUUGUAUACUAUAUUCUAACAUAAUACUAAAUGUCACAUUCAUUGGCCUCCACUUCCUCUACAAAUUCUUCAUCAUUGGCCACACCCAGCAGCUCAGCGGUACGAGCUUUGGCCUUAGAAUAUAAAUCACUACAAGAGGAACCAGUUGAGGGAUUUCGCGUUAAAUUGGUGAAUGACGAUAAUCUCUUCGAAUGGGAGGUAGCCAUAUUUGGUCCACCCGAUACGCUUUAUCAGGGUGGCUAUUUUAAGGCUCAUAUGAAAUUUCCUCAUGAUUAUCCCUAUUCACCACCUUCCAUUCGUUUUCUAACCAAAGUUUGGCAUCCGAAUGUUUAUGAAAAUGGUGAUCUGUGUAUUUCCAUACUACAUCCGCCGGUCGAUGAUCCACAGAGUGGUGAGCUGCCAUGUGAACGUUGGAAUCCAACACAGAAUGUACGAACCAUAUUGUUGUCGGUGAUUUCGUUGCUCAAUGAACCGAAUACAUAUUCGCCGGCGAAUGUUGAUGCCUCCGUUAUGUAUCGACGAUGGAGAGAUUCUCAGGGCAAAGAUAAUGAAUAUCCCAAUAUAAUACGUAAACAAGCUUUAGCUGCCAAUGCUGAGGCCAAAAAAGAAGGCAUUGUUGUACCCAUGACCCUCGAAGAUUAUUGCAUUAAACCAAAACGAAAAGAAACAAAUGAACCAACACUAGACUCAAACUUCUUUGAUGAUGUCUUCGAUUUAGAAACUGAAGAUGAUUUACCAACCGAUGACGAUGAUGAAGACGACGAUGAGGAGGAUGAUGAUGACGACGAUGAUAAUGCAGAUGAUAGUGGCAAAGGUGAAACAACAUAAAAAAGAACCAAAAGAAAAGGUUGGCAUCAGUAAAUUUCUUUAGUUUUAUAGCUGCAGGGGGAUUUCUUUUUUUUAUUUUUUAUUUGUUUUUUUGGCAAAGACAGUGUCUUUUAGCAAUAUCAGGAAUAUUUUUUCUCAUAUAUAUUUUUUAAUUUAAUGUUUUUUUUUUUUUUUUUUUUGUUUUUAAGAUUUAAGUUUAUUUGCAAUGAAAUCAGUAAAAAAGCAACAAAAUUUUCCAUUUUUAACUAAACUAAUUAAAAUAUUUCAAAUAAAUUUAUUAUGUAUAACUAUUAUUAUAAACUUCAAAAACUAAUUUGUUAAAUUAUAUAUUAAUAAUAAUAAAAACAUAUUAAAACCAAGAAUUAAAGCCAAAUAGUUAAAAAAUACACACACACAGACAGACAAACACUCAAAAUAAAAAAAACAAUUUUAAUAUAAAAACAAAAAUUGCCAUAUACCCAACUGAACCAUAAAUAUUUAAACACAAAUUUCUUUAAUUAAAGCUAAAAAAAAAAACUAAUAUGUUACAGAUUUAAAGCAUUUUCUUAAAAAUCUGUAAAUCCCUUUAGUUAUGGAAACAAAUAAUUUAAUUAUUUCUGUUUUAAACACCUUAAUCCACAACGAAUCUUUAAAUUUAAUGGCGAAAUUUGUUAAUUUUUUUUUAAUUCGAAAAAUUAUUAAAAAAUAACUGCUUUAUCUUAAAAUUUAACAACUUUUAUCCUCUGCUAUACAUUACAAUAUUUUGUUGCUAAAUAAUAAUAUAAUAAUAAUACAAAAAACUACCUUAAUUGUAAGACUUAAAAGAAAACUUUUAAAUUCUCAUUUUAAGCCAGUCUAUACGUUCACACACACACACACCCAAACACCCCUUCUCAAUCUACAUAAAUAUAUUUUUUUAAGUAUCUCUUUCAUAACUAUCUCUUAUAAUUAAACAAACAAAAAAAAAACUAUAUAAUAAACAUUUAAAUUAUUAAAAAAAAA